ACUUCCGUUUCCGUAGGGAGCAAAAGGAGCAAACAACAUGGCGAAGGCCGGCGAAAAGAAUGGCAGCAGCGGGAAAAAAAACUUAAAAAGGAAAGCCGCUACCAAAGAACCUCAAGAGGCUGCGGUUGCUGAGGAUGGAGCGACGGAAAGCGGGGCCCAACCCCCGAAAGCCGCUGCCUUUCCCCCAGGCUUCAGCAUUUCGGAGAUUAAGAACAAACAGCGGCGACACUUGAUGUUCACGCGGUGGAAGCAGCAGCAGCGGAAGGAAAAAUUAGCAGCCAAGAAAAAACUGAAAAAAGAGAGAGAGGCUCUUGGUGAUAAGGCUCCACCAAAGCCUAUACCCAAGACCAUUGACAACCAACGAGUUUAUGAUGAAACUGUAGUAGACCCUAAUGAUGAAGAGGUUGCUUAUGAUGAAGCUACAGAUGAAUUUGCUUCUUACUUCAACAGACAAACUUCUCCCAAGAUACUCAUCACAACAUCAGAUAGACCUCAUGGGAGAACAGUACGACUUUGUGAACAGCUCUCUACAGUUAUACCAGACUCACAUGUUUAUUAUAGAAGAGGACUGGCUCUGAAAAAAAUUAUUCCACAGUGCAUCUCAAGGGACUUCACAGAUCUGAUUGUGAUUAAUGAAGAUCGUAAAACACCAAAUGGACUUAUAUUGAGUCACUUGCCAAAUGGUCCAACUGCUCACUUUAAAAUGAGCAGUGUUCGUCUUCGUAAAGAAAUCAAGAGGAGAGGCAAAGACCCCACAGAACACGUACCUGAAAUAAUUCUGAAUAAUUUUACAACACGACUGGGUCAUUCAAUUGGACGUAUGUUUGCUUCACUCUUUCCCCAUGAUCCUCAAUUUAUUGGAAGGCAGGUUGCCACAUUCCACAAUCAGCGUGAUUAUAUCUUCUUCAGGUUUCACAGAUAUAUAUUCAAGAGUGAAAAGAAAGUGGGAAUUCAGGAACUUGGACCACGUUUUACCUUAAAAUUAAGGUCACUUCAGAAGGGAACCUUUGAUUCUAAAUAUGGAGAAUACGAAUGGGUACAUAAGCCCCGGGAAAUGGAUACAAGUCGAAGAAAAUUCCAUUUAUAAAGUCCUAAGGAAAUAGUAUUGGAUUUUGCUGAACUUGGUAAUUUAUUUGUGAUAGAACGCCUUUUUCAAAAUAGCAUUUAUUGAUUUUAUAAAUCUUCAUGUCUGAACAGUUGACCAAGUGCCAUGAAUUGCCACUCUACAUAGCAAAUCAAAAUAAAAGUAAUUUGGGUGAGGA